AAACUCAGAUCAAAGAAAACAACGUCGGUUUCAGUUUCUCUCAGAGCUUCUCACCCUCUUUCAAUGGCGAAUCCCAAACCUCACCUCUUCUCUCUCUCCUUCUUCUCGCUUCUUCUUCUCCACUUCCCCACCGUCUCCUUGGCCCAGACGCUCUUCGUCUUCGGCGAUGGUCUUUACGACGCCGGCAACAAACAGUUCGUCUCUUCGAACCGUGUCGACGCCAGCUUCCCUCCUUAUGGAAUGACUGUCGGAGAACCUACGGGACGGUGGUCCGACGGUCGUAUCGUUCCAGACUACCUCGCUGGUUUCAUGGGUAUUCCUCACAUCCCUCCGAUACUCAAUGGCACGGCGGACUUCUCUCACGGCGCUAACUUCGCCAUCGCCGACGCCACCGUCCUCGGCUCCCCUGCGGAGACGUUGACUUUUUCACAACAAGUGAUCAAGUUCUCGGACAACAAGAACAAGUGGUCAGCUCAAGCACGUUCUGAAGCUGUCUACUUGUUCUACAUCGGCUCUGAUGAUUACUUGAAGUUUGCCAAGAACAAUCCAAACCCCUCCGAUGAUCAGAAACAAGCUUUUGUGGACCGAGUCAUCACCGCUAUAGAAGCAGAACUAAAGGUGAUUUACGGGUCCGGAGGUAGGAAGUUCGCGUUACAUAACUUGGCACCGUUGGGUUGCUUACCGGCCGUGAAACAAGCAAACGGAAACGUUCAGGAGUGCGUGAAGUUGCCAUCGGAAAUGGCAGCUUUGCAUAACACGAAGCUGCUGCAGCUCUUGGUUGAGCUUUCAAGACAACUCAGUGGCUUCCAGUACUCGUUUUACGACUUCUUCAGCUCCAUCAAACACAGAGUUAUCAAGUCUAAGACUUACACAUUUGAGACGGGAAUGGCUGCUUGUUGUGGAACUGGGUCUGUCAAUGGAACUAGUUGUUCAACUAACAAUGUAUGCGCUAAGCCUGAAGACUACCUCUUCUUUGACGGUAAGCAUUUGACGCAAGAAGGGAACCUUCAGGUCGGGCAUUUGAUGUGGGGAGCAGAUCCGGUAGUGGUUGGACCGAACAAUCUGAGGGAGCUUCUUUUCCUUCCUUUGAAUACUACGGUCAUGUUAGCUGACAUACAAGACGCUAUGGCUGCCAUGAGCCCGAAGCAGAACAAAAUAGAGUCACUUUAUGAUAUCAAGAUGAUGGAGUCGGAGAUGGAGAAUCAGUGGCUUUAUCAAGUCGGUAAAGCUGUCUCCUUUCUGAUCUGAGAUUUGUGUUUCAAUAUGUAAUCAAAUCCAGGAGCUACUGUAAUAACAAACAACCUUUGUUUUGUUUUGCAAUAAAAUAAUCAGCUUCUGAUA